GUAAAAUGCCUCGCAGCAAAUUGAACGUCAAAAGACCUCCUGUUAAUUCUACUGCAUUAGAAAAUGCUGUUAAGGCAGUUUUGGAUCCAGAAAAUAUAUCUUUAAGAGAAGCAUGUAAAAUAUUUGGUGUUAAGUUAACAACUUUGUCAAGACAUCUUUCUCGGUUUCGAAAAUCAGAGAGUCAAACUUUCGAAUAUAAACCAAGACUGGAUAACAAAAAAGUAUUCACUGAUUAUGAAGAGAAUUGUUUGCUCCUUUAUAUAAAAAAGGUGGCAAAAAUGAAUUAUGGCUUGACGAAAAAAAGUUUUCCCAUACUAACAGAAAGAAAAUCAUCAACGGACACUGUAAACUUACUACCUGAAGACGUUGUACCUUACCCAAAAGCAAAACCAAGAAAAGCUACCAAUAAAGGAAGAAAGCGUGGCAAAACCAUGAUUGCAACAGACACUCCGGAAAAAGAACGGUUAAAAAAUGAAAAGAAAGUCUCCUUUAAACGUCGUAUAAAUAUAGAAGAAACAAAUGAACAAAAUAAAGACAAAUCAAAAAAAUUAAAAGUAAGGAGGCAGAAGAAGAAUCAGCAAAGGAAACAAGUUCAAUAUUCAUCUUCUGAAGAGGAGGACGAUAUAGUUCAUCUUGUAGAAACUGAUGAUGAGGACAGCAAUGACGAGGAGUGCCUUUUUUGCAAUGAAUCGUUCAAAAAUGACAUUCAUGGAGAGCAAUAGAUCCGAUGCAUGUCCUGCUUAGGAUGGGCCCACGAACU